UGCCUGUUUUGGUUGGUUGGCACACCAAUGUCCUUUCCAUGAUGCUGGUGUGUGUGUCGUCCGACUACGAGCACCCCGACUAUUCUCUGCUGCUGGUCUAAUCCACGAGGCUUUCCGUGCGCAUCGAUCCUAGUGGCACACGGUAAAUUCAACCGCAACCUACCUAGCAUUCUGAAUGGGCGCUGGCGGUGAGCCCCACUAAACGUUCGUUGCUGUACUGGCUUCCCGCAUCGUUAGGCUAAAGCUGGCGUGCGUAUAAAUGCAACCACUGUAACCGCGUUUGUCAUCUAGCAUCGCAGCCGCUGCCAGAAGAUGUAGCAGACGCGCUUUCUCGUCCCCCGAAACGCACCUGUUGGAAACCUUGACUAAAUAAAUGAUGUGUGAUCGAAUUUGUCGAUUGCAUUACUUGUAGAAUUUUGUGGUGCAACGUACCCUGCCAACAUGGUCUCUGUCUGCGUCGACGUCGAUUUGGACAUGAAAGCGAUGUCUCUCGACUUGGUGUUUCCAGAGGGCAUCGAAAGAGGCGGCAGAAUAAAUUUGAAUUUUUCGAGGAGUGGGCUCGAUACACAAGGUCGUGGCGACGGCUGUCACGCAGGCUUGCCAACCCGAAGCGGCUUUCUUUGACGCAGCCUACGCGCGCGAGAAAGUUCGGAUCUCUUCGGGAGGAAGGCCGAGCUCGUUCUGUUACAUCGACGAGCGGCGCGAUGGAAAUCUCUUCGUCGACGACGGAGCGGUUGUGGAGGUUCAGACUGAAGGUUGCGAAAUUGAAGUGGAGUCGGAGGUGCCGUCUCCUGCUGCGUCGCCCCUGCCAGACCCGUGUUCACCCGAUAGCGACAGUUCGCCCGAACCGGCGACAAUUGACGACUGUGCCUCAGCACUCACUAUAGACCAAAGAGGGCACCUGACUAGCAGUGUGGAGGAAAUUGACCUGACUGGUGACUCAAACGAUGCUUCUGAAAAUUCUGCAAAUGUCACUAUUGAAGAUCACUCCUACAUGGUCGGCAAAGUCAGUGCUACUACCAGUGCUGUCAAUUCUAAUAAUGAUGCUUCCACCCGUGGAAAUAUUGCUGAUGCCGUCAAAGCGCUUGCAAAUGAUGUUUCCACCCGUAGAAAUAUUGCUAAUGCCACCAAAGCGCCUGCGAAUACCACAACUGUCAUUGCAAGAGCUUCGAACAUGUCCCAGAAUGUCACCACGAAGCCCGGCCCUGUAGAAAACAGCAGUGCAAGUGCUGCCAUCACUCCCAAGGGCAACAGUGGGGCCAAAGCGAUGGCGCUCUACUCCUGUUUGUAUUGCAAACAUAUAACGCCAUGCAAGGAGACUGCAAUAGCUCACUGCAAGCUGCAUACCUCAAAAAACGAUCCUUUGCCGCAACGGCCACUAUCAGAUAAGGCGACAGUUCCAGCAUUGAAGGUUUCCAGUCCAGCCUCUCCAGACAAAGUAAAGCCCCAGAGAAACAAUACGAAGCCACGUAUCGGUAAUGUGUUUUCCCUUAAUAAGGAUAAGUUAGCAGUCAUUACAACGGCUGGUAGCUCGUUAAGCCUGUCUGGGGGUGAGUCUAGCUCAGGAAUUAAAGGUUCUAUUGAGACAACAGUCUUGCCCACAGUCCUCAACAUGCUUGCCUCUAUGUCGCCGAAUGUGAAGCGCGUUGUCCUUAAAACCGGCCCAGUUCCACUCUCGGCCGCCGGUGCUUUUUCUCCGAAAAUUAUUAAAGCUGGUGUGAAAAAAGCUAAUGAGAGCAGCCUAACAGAACUGAGGUCUGUCGUUUCUCCUUCUACACCAAAGCCACUGUCAACGACACCAGGGAAGGGUCUCAAACCCAUUGUACUGGCAAAUUCACCAAAAGAAUCAAAAGACACGCCCACCAAGCCUCCUGCUAAUACAAAGAUUGUGUUUAAGUGCUUUAAGUGUUCUCACGUUACUUUUGAUAAGCUCGUAGCCCUGAAGCAUCUCCAAGAGCAUACAGCUGCGGCACAAGACAAACAAGCGAACAAAGAAAGCCAGUUAAGUGAUGCAUCUGUUCCGGGCACACCUCCAGUCCUGGCUGAGUCAGAGGCUUCAAAGCGCCCCCUACCUCUGACUGGAUCACAGCUGAAACCCCUUGUUCAAGAGGUUGGCCGUCUCUCCAAGUCCACAGAUUCAAUUAAAUACUUUGCAUGUACCAAAUGCAGAAAAGUUUACACGAAGAGGUCAGGCUUGAAUAACCACAUGAUGAAGCACACUGGAGAGAGAAAGUUCCGCUGCCAGAUAUGCGACAGGAGCUUUCAGUUCAAGUCGGUGCUGCAGGUGCACAUGAAGGUGCACAACCGCAUCAAUCCACACAAGUGUGCUAAAUGCAAGAAAAGCUUUGCCACAGAAAUGGCUUUGCAAAAUCAUGAGAAGAAAUCGCAUGGUGACCCAGUGAUCUGCCACCUCUGUAACAUGCCAUUUGUACGGCAACACAACCUAGUGGUGCACAUGAUGCAGAAGCAUGGACAGACUGCUCAGCAUCGUUGCAGCAACUGCCGAAAGCCCUUUUUCACCGAGGAAGACCUCGCAGCUCACAAGGACGUGUGUAAGGGAGAUGCAUAUCGUGACUGCAGCAACUGCAGCUUCAAGGGUACUACCUACAAGGAGCUCUGCGAGCACGUAGUGCAGUGCCACCCGGAUGUGCCGCAGUUCAAGUGCGAGACGUGCGGCUUGAUUUCAGUCCACAAGGUACGGCAUCGGGCUCACAUUCGAACGCACCAGCCCGGUUACCGGCAUAAGAAGGCGAAACAUACCUACAAGUGUCCGCAGUGCGGGAAGGAAAUGCGAAGCCAGUCAGGCCUGCAGUCCCACCUCAGUUCCCACAACAACAUACGACCAUUUUCGUGUCCAACAUGUGGUUGCAGCUUCUCCUCUAAGGGCAGCCUCAGAGCUCAUCGCCUCAAUGUCCAUGCCUCUACCACAUUCAGCUGUGAGCAGUGUCCGCUUACCUGCAAGUCCAUGUUCGCACUUCGCAAGCAUAAGAGCCUUAUUCACGGACAAACCAUCAACUUUCAGUGUGACCACUGCAAGAAACGCUUCACCAGCGAGCGCAAGAAGCAGCUGCACACAGCCGUGGUGCAUAUGGGGGACAAGACUUGCCUCGAGAAUGGUGAGAACCCCUUCCCCAUGCUCAAAGUGUACCGUUGCACUGAGACGGACUGUGAGUUUUCCACCUUCAGCCUGUACCGGAGCAAGGCCCACGCCAUAACCCACACGGGAGUCAUGCCUUUCCAAUGCUCGCAGUGUGAUAAGGCAUUUGUCGUCCAAGAUGAGCUCAAGAGGCACAUCACUCUGCAGCACAAUAAGGGCAAACAAAAGCCUUGUCCUCGCUGUGGGCGGGUCUUUGUGUCAGACACCCGCUACGAGUGGCACCUCCGCCUGCACGAGAACAAUCAGGGCUUCCAGUGCAGCAAGUGCCCCUACCUGUACGAGUCCAAGGCCUACCUGGAGCACCACCAACAGAAGCAUGCUGAGGAGAGCCUGUCUGUGUGCGAAGUAUGCAGCAAGACUUUCAAGACUGUGCGAGCUAUGGGCAUCCACGUGACUCACAUGCACCCCGAGGUGGCCAAGACUCCCUCACUCCAGGUGCUGCGCUCGCUGCGUCACCCACACAGCUGUGACCAGUGCCCCGUUCGUUUCAAGACUCCCAACGAGCUGCGAGCGCACAAACUGAGCCGGCACUCCGGCGCCGCAGGCAAGCGACUCAUGAAUGCCGAGAAGAACUUUGAGUGCCACUUCUGCGGCAAGGCGUUCAAGCACAACUGCACACUGCAGACACAUCUUCGCACCCACACAGGUGAGAGGCCUUUCGGAUGCCCCCACUGCACCAAGGCCUUCAACAUCCACCAGACGCUGAAGGACCACAUCGUCAGCGUACACACCAAGGAGUUCAAGCUGCACUGCCUACUGUGUGGCAAGGGUGUUGUGAACAACACGAAACUGAAGCAGCACCUUCAGCACGCACACAAGGCCGACCCUAACCCUUCCUUGCCCCUUGCCGCCCGCGGCAAGGCCUCGAGAGUAGACAAGCCAAAGGCACCUCGAGCGCCCAAGAGGGUGGAGCAGCCGCAUUUUCAACCGCACUUGCAGCAACACCUGCAGCCGCAGCAGCUUCAUUUGGCACCGAUUGUGUUCGUGGAAGACCAAAAUGCUGAAAUUGGGGAAGUGUACAUGGAGCAGGAGGUUGUUACAGCCACGGAAACGGGCAUGGUUGUGGAGGACCCCAUCAAGCUGCUCACAUCCUUCUUUUGAGCAACAUGCAUUUGUGGAUACAUUGAUUGCAUUGGGGCUCUUUUCUGCAGACUCCACCUACCCCCAUCAGAUUGUUCAAAAACCUUCUUUUGUAUGUUGUGUAGCUUUCGGAGACACCUUAUAAAAGCUUUUUAGGUACUGCAAAAGCUCAUCACUUAGUCGAAACAACGUGCACUGUUUUGAGAAAACACUGUUGAAGUGCCUCCUUCAUUUCUUUUUAAUAGAAACUGUGGACUUCUGCUCAGCUGCAAGAAUAUGCUUGUGCAGUUAUGUAUGCUGUGUUUGUACAGUGUAAUACUACUAUAUGGCAUGCUUUGCUGGACUGCAAGUGAAAUUGUACAUACGUUUGGAUGGUCAUUGAAUGCUUUGAGGUAUAGCACAACUCCUUAAUUUGUUGCACUCAGAAAGAAAAACUGUAGUUUUUAUUAGCUGUGUGAACACUUUUCUGUCACCAGCAUACCUUUAUUACGUCUCCCAUCUCAUGGCUACUCUGUGCUCCCUUGGGUUUCUUUUUGACUGUCUAGCAAAAAUGACAAAAUCAACACAGUCCAAUAUGUCCACUUUAGAUUUUCUAGCAAUGUUUUUUUAUAGAGUGUGAUACUGCCUGUCAUUGGUAUCAGCAUUCUGGCAUAAAUCAUAAAUGGCAUAUAGCAUAAUUGGCAAACUAUGGAAUAGAUCAUAAAUGUUUCCUUUCUUUGAAACUAACGAAACAUGUAUGAUCUGUAUUCUUUCAAAAUGUACUCUCACGAAAAUCUUCUCUUGGUAGGCAUCAUAAUUUUGGCUUAUCUUCUGUAAAUAACUUUACCUUGCUAUUGGCAACUAACUGGUAAAGCGUUGAGAAAAACAUCAAGGAGUUAAAAUGCGUACACACGCAUAUGUACUACCCAAGCCACGCAUGCACUUGACCCUCCCAAGUGGCAUUAGAUGCAUGUUGUGCUCGUAACUAACUUCAGUGACUUUGAGCUGCUGUGAUAAAAGUAGAAUCAGAACUGCUGUUUCCCAUCCAUGCCUUCUUGAUAUAAAAAAUUUGUCAGUCUAGAGAAACUUAGAAAAUACAUUAACAUAACACAUGAACUGUAGUUAUAUAAGGAGUGUGCUAGCCUAUGUUAUUCUUUUAAUAGCAUAGGAAGUGGAAAUUUUUUUCUUGGAUGUGUGUGUGACACCUGAAAAAAAAGACACUUGCCACUGCGAGCCUAUAAUGUCUUUCUAAUGGCUUGUAAGUUUUACAUCUUCGCCAACUCAAAGUUAUUCUUUUUUUUUUUCUCCUGUAUACUGCAAGCUUGUUCAUGUGUCGAUGUAUUUCAAUAUGCUUUUGAUCUUUUGACAUGGAGAAGAUUUUUUAGACCUUAGACUGCAACAGCUGUGUUUGUUCUCCAAUCUGAGCGUGUGGACAGUCUUUUUUUUUCUUUAUUCAAAUCACAUACUUUUCGCAAACAUGGUUACAUUACUUAGAAACACUUGAUGUACGAGCUCCUUGCAAAUAAAUUUUCUACAGACAGUUACAAAGG